AUGGCGAUCAAUACGAGCAGUCGGCGGGAUGGCCCGUCUGCAUCCACAACGCCAACGCGCAAAGCCGCUGCAUCCAGAUCCUCUCCCUUACCACCGACUACAUCGCAGCGCGCUCACCCACCCACGCUUCAACGCCUCCACUCCGGCACAGAGGCAGCCUCGACACUGCGCACCUCGGCCAUCGCCGCCAUGUCCACCACUCGUUCGCUCACCUCCCUCUCGUCCGCCUCCACCUCGCUCCACCCGAUCCUACCCAGACGCACGCUCAAGAUCGUCCUCAUCGGAGACGCCGGUUCCGGCAAAACAUCCAUCCGUCAUCGCUUCCUCUCCUCCACCUUCUUCCCAUCCUACCGAGCCACCAUCGGCGCGGAUUUCAUCACCAAGACUCUACCCGUCGAUCCGCUGCAACCGGAGGGCGAGAAAGCGACGCUGCAGAUCUGGGAUACUGCGGGCCAGGAGCGCUUCCAAUCGCUAGGUUCGGCGUUCUACAGAGGUGCGGAUGCGGUGAUCAUCGCUUUCGAUGCGAGCGAAGGAGGAGGCGGAGAGGAGGAGGUGGUGAGGGAGAAGGUGGAGAAGUGGUGGAAGGUUUUCAUGGAAAAGGCUCCGGGGCCGGAGGGGGAGGAGGAGAGGAAGAGGUUUGCGUGGAUUUGUGCUGCGAACAAGUGCGAUCUGUUGGAUGGCGAUGCGGAGGUGGAGAGGGAGGGUGUGUGGAAGGUGUUGGACGGGUUGGUGGGGAGGAGCGAGGGACAGAGGGAUUGGGGGAGGGAUGAGGAGGAGCAGCAAGAGAGACCGAGUGGAGCAGAGGAGCCGGUGGAUCCGAAAGAGGUGCUCUCGAGACCCGAUCCUAAUGGUCUGGAGGCAGAGCAGACACCAAGCAGCUCCGAGCCCGCACAGAGCAACGAUAAAGGUCAUCCAACGCCGAAGUACCAAAAGAAUCUCAGCAACGGUCGGAACGGACAAGCAGCUGGAGGCAGAGGCGAAAGCGACACCGACGACAGCACAGCCGAUCCGAACGGCGGAACGGUCAAGACCGUCUAUGCGACACCCUACAACACCCUGACGCAAACGCAGCGACUCACAGCGUCACCCACGCCGAAAUCGAGUGCGAAUUCGAGCAGACGUAACGAUGCCAAGUCGACCGGAGGUGAAGCAGCAGGCAGCGGGUUCUUGUCGAGCUGGAUGAGGUCCAAGUCGAAAGCCACGGGUGCGAGCAGCAGUAAUGUGGCAGGAGGUGGCAGAGGUCAUCAGAAACGACAGUCGAUCAAGAGCAUCGAGGUGUUUCAGAUCAGCGACCAGGAGGAAUCGGAUGUUUCCGACGGCAGCACCCUGGAAGCCAAGUCGAGCCGGUACGCGUUUCCCACGACAGCGGGUCGGAAGAAGGGCAAAGCACUGCAAGAGACGCCGCCUCGGAGCUUUGCGAAAGGAUCAUCGCACGGGACGGACAGACGGAGGGUCGAUUCGACCAUGAGUUUGAACGCGCCUUCCGUGUACCACACGCCUCGAGGGAGUACGUUCUUCAGCGUCAGUCCUAGUGCCCGAACCACGCUCGGUAAUCCCUCCUCUUCCUCCUUCAGGGCAAAAGACGACGACGAUGAUGACGAUGAUGGUGAUGAUGGUGGGAGUGUCAAACGCCUGAGCGUAGCUUCGAACGCUCCGGAACUCAAACACAAACCCUCCAUAGCUUCAUCCUCGCUCUCCGCAUCCACCAUCAAACCACCACCUCCCCCUCCGCUGCUCAACCGCACUCUCCGCCCACCCAAAUCCAUCAACGACAUCUUCACCCCUCACUCGCCCCCCACCUCCCCGCUCUCCCCUCCACCACCUCUCACCCCUUCCACGAUCUCCAUCCCGAUCGAACCGUCCGCACCCCCUGCCGCGCCCGUCGACAUGGACCAUCCAGAAACCGGCUUCACCCUCUUCUACACCUCGGCCAAAACCGGCCAUAACAUCGACCGCAUGUUCGAACACAUCCUCCACCGCAUCCUCACCAACACCGCCUACACCGAAGCGACUUCCGCAGCCGCCGCAGAGACGGAACAGCAGAGAACGCAGAGGCAGACAGCAGAAGCAGAGGUCAUCAGGAGGACUAUCAGGUUGGCUAGUGGAAAGCGUGACGAGAGAUGGUUCGGUUGCUGUUGA